AUGUCCGGCAAAGAAACUGCAAACAUUCACUGGUCAAGAGAAGAAAUCAUACAAUUAAUUGACUUGUACCGCCAACAUCCAUGCCUAUGGAAUGUCAAAAGUGACAUGUACAAGGACAGAGCUGAACGUGUAGCGGCUUUGACAGCAAUAGCCGCGGAAUUACGCAAGACAUGUGUUGCCAUUACCACAGGGGAUAUAAAACGGAAAAUAGAAACCCUGCAAAAUCAACACAGACGUGAAAUGCAAUUGGUUGAAAACUCACGCAAGUCAGGAGCUGGGGUAGACGACAUUUACAUUCCCAGAUUAUGGUGUUUUAAUGACCUUUCUUUCCUUAAUGAUGGUGGCAUAAUCAGACCAUCUCUCUCAAACAUAGAUAAUGCCACCAACGAUACAGCUGAGGAGGAACAUUCUGAUCAUGAGAUUGAAGAAGGGGAUGAAACGGAAAAUGCUAAACCCAGCACGAGCCAACAGGAACGUCCUCGCAAACGUCUCUCUAAAUCUGAUCAAAUAUUGGAUACAGUUGCAAGAAAACUUGAUGAAUCUGUAAAUACAGAUAUAUCUGGUAUGGAUAACUUCGGGAAAUACGUCACACGUAGGAUACUUGUAAUGGACCAGCGAACUUCAAUAAUAACUAGAAAAAUCAUAAAUGAUGUACUUUUUGAGUCAGAGAAGGGGAAUUUAAAUUCUUCAUCUCGAGUAGUUACAACAAACCAAGGGCCGGUACCAUUACCAAUGCCUUCAAAUAACUCAGUGUAUAGUUACUGCAGUAACAGCAGUAGUAAUACAAAUGACUCCGGGAUGUCGCAGUACUUUUCAAAUUUUCAACCUUAG